UGCCAAAAAUAUGGACUUUUUUUUUAUUAAAAAAUUGUAUAUUUCUGUUGGGUUAAAUAAAUUAAGAGGCAAAAAUUGGAUUUAAAGAUGUCUUCCAUAGCACUUAUUUCUUUAGUUUAAAGAAAUGAAGGUUCAAAUUUGGUUUUACUUAAGACCUGUCAUUAAAGCCUAAUUAAUUGUAGUUUAAGAUAAUCAUGCAAAGAAAAUCUGUAACCACCAGGAAAAGGAACAAAAAAAAAAAAAAAAAGAAGAAGAAUCUGCUCCCAACCAUGAUAUAAGCUGCUUCUUGGAUUAGGUGGCCAACCGUCAAUUACAUACCACUGUACCCGCCAUAAUUCAAAACCAUAUAUAUAUCGUGUAUAUAUAUGUAUAUAUAUGAGCAUCACAUAGAUAUUUGUCAAAUUACAUCUUUGUCACUUUUUUUUCUUAUAGUUUAUCAUCUUAUCCAAAUUUGAGUCUAAGUGAAAUUAACUUGAAGUUUAAUUUAAUACUACUAAAAUAUAUUUUUGCUUUUCUCCUAAUUCUGUGUUAGAAAGAAAAGAGAUUUGCAGUUGAAGCAGCAGUUGCUAUCUCAGCUUUGCUUAUUUUUGAGACAAAAUCCAGAGGGAAGUUAGGCCAACGGUCUUUCUACAAAUACCCUUCUGAGAUUUCCAACUCUGGCAUCAUAAAAGAGAGGAUUUUGAUUGGGUUUCUCUGGUGGGAUUUUGGAGAUUUUGGCGAAGUUUGAUUUUAGGCGAUUCAGUUCAUGGUUUAGGAUGGAAAUAUGAGAGAAGAGUUGAUUUUGUUCUUAGUUAUGGUUGCGGAGAUUCGGUUGCUAAACUCAAUCUUGGCCUCCCUGUUUUCCUUGCCUGACAGGUAUUUGAAUUUUUACCUCUAUGGACUCUAACAAGACAUGAAGCAAUUCUCAUGUCUUUUGGUAUAUGUGACAUGGAAAGGUUGUGACUUUUGAUUUACUGAAUGCAAUACUUGUGAUCAAAUAGUUUCAUAUGCUUUGAUUUCAAGAACUAGUAAAAAGACUACCUUAGGGAAAAAUCUAUAUUUGGAAGUUUUUAUGGUAGCCUAAAGGUUCAAGUUGGUAUAUACAUAUGCAGCUGGCAAAAGGUGUUUUAGUCUAGUACCACUAAAAUUCAAUUAGUUCAAUUCGGAUGAAUUCCCAGUACAGCUUUCGACCAGAAUCAUCGAUAUUGGGUACUUCAGAAGCUUCAAUGUUGUUUUCAUCAAAUUCUGUGAUGAGAAAUAGGUCUACUCAAACUCCUCCUCCUCCUCCUCCAUCUUCGUUCUUGGUUCGAACAGCCAUGAGGGUUUCCAGAACCAGGUGUUUCGCCUUCUUGAGGAGGGUUUUCCAUUACCAGAAUGGAUCAAGAUCUGAUCUUGGGUCCAAUCCUUUCAAUUCCAGCGCUUGGAUGUUGUUGGAAUUUAUUGCUUUGAUUGUUCAAAUCAGCAUCACAAGUUUCACCAUGGCCAUGUCAAAGCGGGAGAAGCCUGUUUGGCCCAUGAGAAUAUGGAUUGUUGGUUAUGACAUUGGAUGUUUCCUCAGUCUGCUGCUGCUUUAUGGGCGCUACCGCCAAAUUUAUGUCAUUGAAGCAGAUGGGUUCAGCCUUCCUGACAUGGAACAACAAAGAGGCACCGAAGAAUCCAGGAUCUCACACUUGAUGAACAAAUGUCGGACUUCGCUGGAGCUAUUCUUUGCAAUUUGGUUCGUAAUGGGUAAUGUUUGGGUGUUUGAUUCACGGUUUGGUUCUUUCCAUAGAGCUCCAAAGCUUCAUAUCCUCUGCAUCUCUCUGCUAGCUUGGAAUGCUCUCUGCUACUCCUUUCCGUUUCUCCUGUUUCUGCUACUAUGUUGUUGUGUACCACUAAUCAGCACCCUCCUCGGUUACAACAUGAACAUGGGCUCCUACGAUAGAGGCGCAUCUGAUGAUCAAAUUUCCAAAUUACCCAGCUGGAGAUACAAACAAGUUGAUGACAAUUCCUGUUCUGACCCUGCAAGUGAAGAUCCAGAGUGUUGUAUUUGCCUAAACAAAUACCGAGACAAGGAAGAGGUGAGGCAGUUGCCAUGUUCCCACAUGUUUCACCUCAAGUGUGUGGAUCAGUGGCUCAGAAUUAUCUCUUGCUGCCCUCUUUGUAAACAAGACCUGAACAAGUAGGGACUAAAAGCCAACCAAGUCUUCAAUUGGGUUUUCUCUGCAACCGCGGCUUCUAGGUUUUCUAAUCCAUAUCUCCCUGCCAAGAGUACGUAGAUCAACUGACACUAUCUCCAUUCUUGGAGUUUUCAUAUCAGAGAUUCGAUCUCGACAUGUUAGAAGCUCCUCGAACCAACAAAAUGAAAAGAAUAUUUACUUCUACACUGUAUGGUUUGCUUGAAUAUACUUUACAUGGCUACGCGAGUAAGAUCAUCAUUUGUACAUAAGAGUUCAUCGGUAACCAAAAACAUAUAUAAAAAAAAUAUAUAUAAAUGUAUAAUUAGAAAAUAAUAAGUUUAUAUUUUAUAAGAUAUACUGUAUACGAAUUUUAUAUGGUACUUUAAAAGUAUCAUAUACUUAUAUUUUUUUAAAACGUUUAAAGAUUACUACAGAAA